UGAUAAGAUGCGCUUGUUACAAAUUAGUAUGUGGCAGACGUAGAAGAAAAUCAUGGCUAGAAAUAUAGAACUGGCCUGAUGUCCCUGUAACAGUUCUGUCAGGUGUUGCUCAUUUGCAGUGUACCAUUGCCAUUCUAAGGCCGUCCUUCUUUUUUAGUUGACAAACAGUAGACUUUUUGAUGCUGGGCUUCUUUUAUUGCUUAUGUGUGCAGUUUUAACUUCACUAGCUUUGGGGCUGCAGUGGCAUGCAUUGCCUGAAAGGGUUACUCCUUUUUCCUGUAGAGCUUUAUGUAUUGCUGUUGAUUAUCUAAUGCCAUAAGAUGUUAUGUUGAAAUACGCCAAACUGUUUAGGUUGUGAGUGAUAGUAUUUCUAAUUAGCUCGGAAGUUCUGGAGAUCAAGUGGUUAUGCCAUACUGUUUUUGUGAAUGAUGAUAUUGCGAGCCAUAUGUCCUCUUUGAUCGAAAAAAUGUAAUACUGUGUUUAUCUGCUAACUUUGUGCACAGAACUUCCUCAUUACACAAAGUGAGCAGAUAAGUGCUGUUGGAGAAAAAAAUAAACCAAGCUGCCCCUUCCAAAUUUCUGUCAUGUUUUGACCCCUUGCAGAAAUUCGGCAGGUUGCCUACAUUCCUUGUUUGACGGCACAGAACAGAUUUGUUCUAAGCUGACUAGGGUUAUGCGAUUGCAAUUAGUAAGCAGUAGUUUUCAUGGACCAUCUAGCUAUCGUCCCGUCGGAGCUAGGUGAUGUGUCAGAUUUUGAGGUUGAUGGAAUCCAGAACCUCACCGAGAAUGAUGUCAGUGAUGAAGAGAUUGAAGCCGACGAGCUGGCUCGGCGAAUGUGGAAAGAUAAGGUCAGGUUCAAGAGGAUCAAGGAGAGGCAGCAGAAGCUCGCUUUGCAGCAGGCUGAACUGGAGAAUGCCAAGUCAAAAAAUAUAUCUGAUCUGGCCCUCCGCAAGAAGAUAGCAAGAGCUCAUGAUGGCAUUUUAAAGUACAUGCUCAAGUUGAUGGAGGUAUGCAAUGCACGGGGGUUUGUUUAUGGUAUCAUUCCUGAUAAAGGGAAACCUGUUAGUGGAGCAUCAGACAACAUUAGAGCUUGGUGGAAGGAGAAGGUAAAGUUUGAUAAGAAUGGGCCAGCAGCAAUUGCAAAAUAUGAGGUUGAGAACUCUGUAUUGUUUAACACUACAAGCAGUGGAACCACAAACGAGCAUAGCUUGAUGGAUCUCCAAGACGCCACUCUGGGUUCAUUGCUUUCAGCAUUGAUGCAGCACUGCAGCCCUCAACAGCGCAAGUAUCCAUUGGAUAAGGGUAUUCCACCCCCAUGGUGGCCGUCGGGGAAUGAGGAAUGGUGGAUCGCUUUAGGCCUUCCUAAGGGUAAAACGCCUCCCUACAAAAAACCACAUGAUCUUAAAAAGGUUUGGAAGGUCGGUGUGCUGACUGGUGUGAUAAAGCACAUGGCACCCAACUUUGGCAAGAUCAGGAAUUAUGUACUGAAAUCAAAGUGCCUGCAGGACAAAAUGACUGCAAAAGAGAGCUUGAUUUGGCUGAGUGUUUUGCAAAGAGAGGAGAAUUAUAUCCACAGUAUUGACAGCGGUGUAUCAGAGAUUACUCACCGUUAUGAGCUAGGGGACAAAAAUGGGAACUCAUAUAGCAGCAGUGACGAGUAUGAUGUGGACUGCCUGGAGAAGCCUCCUCAUUCUGCAACAUCCAAAGACAGUGUGGGAGCUCAUCAGCUAGCUCUGCAGAUAAGGGAAGAUAAUGUCUCAAGUAGAGGGGACAGAAAACAUCUUGAUAAACAGUCCACUCGAGCACUUCCAAGUGACAAGAAAACUAAAGAAUCACGGAAGCGAAAAAGACGCACUGGACAGUUUCCUGUUGAUGAGUCUGUGGUUGAAGUGAUGCAGAGAAAUGGUGAUCUACCAGAGGUUUUCAGCAAUGCAAUUCCUGAUAUGAAUAGAAAUCAAAUGGAGGUGCCCCCUAUGGCUAACCGACUGACAAGUGUAAACAAUGUCAGUACAAGUGUGGCUUUACCACACCAGGGACAUGCUGAAGAGAACUUCAUCUCUCCUGGUCCUGUUGCUAUUAAUUAUAACUGCAACCAGACUACAGAUGCUACUCAUUCAAGUGUUUAUAUUGGAGAGCAGCCUUUAGCUUGUGAUAGUAGUGACUACAGGAACCCAUGGCCUGUAGACAAUUUUCAACAGGAUCUUAGCCUUGUACCUAUUGGUUUUAGCUCUCCUCCACUUGAUUACCAUACUUCUGCUGCGAAACAAUCACUACCACUAUCUAUGGUGCCUACCAUGGGAACAGGAGCAUUGGUAGAGAACACUUCUUACAACCAUCAUAUGGCAGCUAGUGGGAAUUCAAUUUCUGUUGCUGGUGAUGCUCAUCAGAUCAUGAGUGAUGACUUUUACAUCGACCCUGAUGAUAAGUUUGUAGGCAGUUCUUUUGAAGGACUGCCUUUAGACUUCAUUGGUAUUAAUAGUCCAAUCCCUGACCUUGAUGAAUUGCUGGAUGACGAUGAUUUAAUGCAAUACUUGGGGACAUAACAUAGGGCUCGAUAGUCAACCACCAAGGGGAGGGGGAUAUAAGCAAGCAGAGUUCCAUGACAUUCUGAUGUGGUGCUAGUCCUGCUACAGCUAGAGAACGAUUUUCAGUUCGUUUGUUCUGUAAUUUUACUGGGUGCUCUUUGGUCCUGUGCCUGAUGGGAUUAAUUUUAGACUGUAAAAAUUCGGGUAGAAAACUCGGUGUCUGCGCGACAUCUGACUUUGGCUUUUCUGGGGUUCUUUUACUCUCUUGCGAAGAAGCAUCUUGAUGCAUGUUCAGUUGUUCAGAUAUGUUCGUUAUAGCUCAGUUCAGACUUCAGUCAUAAUAAUAAUGCAGUUCAGAUAUGUUGGUUGGAUA